GGGGCCGCGAGCCGGCGGGGAAGGAAGCGGCCUCGCCUGCGGGGGAGAUGGGCGAGCGGCCGUCGCUGGUGGUCUUCGACCUGGAUUACACCCUCUGGCCUUUCUGGGUGGACACCCACGUGGACCCUCCCUUCCAGAAAAGCAGCGAUGGCUCAGUACGGGACCGGAACGGGCAGUCUGUGAAGCUGUACCCCGAAGUCCCGGCUGUGCUGGAGCGGCUGCAUCAGGAGGGGAUCCCUAUUGCUGCGGCCUCCCGGACAAGUGAAGUCCGAGGGGCCACUCAGCUCUUGGACCUCUUUGGCCUGACUCACUUCUUCCGCUACACAGAGAUCUAUCCAGGCAGCAAAGUCACCCACUUCCAGAGGUUAUCCCAGCAGAGUCGGAUUCCUCUUUCCCAGAUGCUCUUCUUUGACGAUGAGGCCAGGAAUAUCCACGAUGUCAGCAAAUUAGGAGUCACGUGUAUUCUCGUCCCCAACGGCACGAACCUCGCUCUCCUCAACCAUGGACUAGAAGCCUUUGCUCGUUCCUGAGUCAUCACCGCCCCUUCUUCAAAGUCCAGUGUCUCCCU